AUGGGAAAUCAAUCUGUAAUCCCUGCUCAACAUGCAGGUCAGUGGAAGAGAGGCAUGUAUGUCAGCGAGGACAGGAACAUUCUUAAAGCCCAAGGGGCUGGAAGAAGGAAACAUUCCAGGAUCAUGGUCUGGCACAAAGACCAUAUCAAUGGCCUCGAGAUCUUCUAUGGUAAAAAGUCCACAGGGGUCAGAGGAGGCAAAGAUUAUAAACUCUCUCCUUGCCAAGUCGUCACACUUGGCUCUAAUGAGUUUAUAACUUGUGUUGCUGGUACUAAGACAGAAGCCAUUGACGAGCUAAUAUUUUACACGAACAAAGGCAAUAUCUUCAAAACUGGAGUGAACAAAGGAGGUAUCCCUUUUACACUCAGUCAAGGAGGUGAUAAGUUUGUAGUCUAUUUUAGCAUUGGAAUGGAGGAGUAUCUUACCUACGUUAAGGUAGAUUUCAGAUACCUGCCUUCUCUGUUUGGGCAUAAUACUGCUCCAUUCUGCCAUGUUAAUAAUAUGGCUAUACAGCAAAGAGCUGUAUAUCCACCUAUUCAGAACUCAUUGGUGCAGAGAGCAUCUGUCCAGCCUAAUAUUCCUGUUCAGGAACCAAUAAGCUCUGCCCAACCAAUUCCUGCAGUUGGAGGAGGCCCUUCCAGGCUAAAGACGGAGAGGAUCUCAGCUCCUCUACCUGAGAAGCUGUUCCAACCAAGUAUUAAUCAAGAAAGAGAGGUCCAAAGCGACUGAGAGAAUUCUGAUGAGGAAUCAAAGUACGACCACUUCGAAGAUGAAAUGAAAUCUUCAGAUGCUUUAUGAAAAUCUCAUGUUGGGUCUGCCAAGAUGCAUGGAGCGAUGAUCCCAGUUGUUGGAGAAGCUGCUUCUGAUUCCUCACCAAAAGCUGAGGAUGCUAAAGCAGCUUCAUCCUCUGCUGACCAGCCGAGGAUGAAGCGACUCGGAGAGAUUGUAUGCUGCAAAUCUAAUGUUGCCGGAAAAGUUUAUUCAAAUACGAUAAUGUUCGAUGACUAUGAAUCUUUGAUUAAGGGAAGCCUCAGUGCGUAUCUUUAUGAACUCCGAAUCAUAUACGAUUCUGACUUUAUCUAUGGCAUCCAAGGCUUCUAUCAGGUGGAUGGCAGGACCGUGGCCGGUCCUGGCCACUACGGAAGAGAAGUCCACUCCAGGUGCCAGAAUCAGUCACUGAAGUUACAAUAUGGGGAGUGCAUUGUGAGUAUUUCUGGGAACUAUCAAGAUGUUGUGAAUGGUUUGAUGAUAACGACUUCGUUAGGGAAAACUUAUGCCUUUGGCAACUAUACAACUCGAAGUGAUACUUCUAAGUGAACCACGUUUAAUUUAGUUGUUCCUAGUGGGAAAAGAGUCGUUGCGCUGGCUGGAGGAGCCAGUGGAUACCUGAAUACCUUUGCAGUUCAUUAUACUUAAAGCCUAAUCUAUGCUAAUAGAAAUAUUUGUUUCAA